AUGGCACCCCAUCCCACCGAAUCGUCCCCCCUCGUCAGCGACCGCAACGAUGUCAGCACUGCCCCAACCACUAAGCUUACGUCGUCGAGCUUUACCUUGAUCUCAGCUCUCGCCGCCAGUCGCGUUGUCCUGGGCGCAGCCGCUUUCCUCGCGCCCGGGAUCACAUCCCAACUCUUCAAAGUAGACACUCUCCCGGGCGCCAGCCUGAUAACCCGCAUUUUCGGUGUUCGCGAAAGUGUACUGGGCGGCCUGACCGUUGCUACAUUACGCGAUCACGAGUCCAAGAAGGAGCUGCGGCGCAUGCUAUGGGCUGGCGUCGCCGUUGACAGCAUGGAUGUCGUUGCUUGUUUGGUCAUACUGGCCUCCUCCGAUACGACGGAGGCAGCGGCUGCAAAGACCACGGCUAUUGUUGGGCUCGGGGCCGCGUUGUUCGGGUUGUUCACCAUUCGGUCUGUCGAUUGGGCCUAA